AUGGACAUGCUGGGUGUCAAAGCUACGGCACUUCUAGCCGGGUCAUUUCUUUCUGGAACCAUGGCGUCUCUGUCUCUCAUUGCGGUGCCUGUCUUUAUGGACACUACCGGGGACGCAACGCAGCUCGUGCACCAGUGGGCCCGGAUGUAUGAAUAUGGUCACAAAGCUAUGCCCACCAUCUCUGUUGGCGUAUGCAUCCUCCACGUAUACAUGGCUGCUAGCAAGAAGCGGCGGGGUGACCUGGACCGCGGCCGUCGGGUGUUUUCCGCACUGGCGGGGGUCAGCACCGUUCUCAUGCUGCCAUUCACGUGGCUUUUCAUGGUCCCGACAAACAACGAGUUGUUCAGGCUGGAGGCCUUGAGCAGGAUGGAAUCGCCUGGAGCUUUUGAUCUGAGAGGGGCUGAUGUCAAGGGGCUGGUUGGUCACUGGGCCGAACUGCAUGCCAUCAGGUGCAUCUUCCCAUUGGCAGGGGCAGUCUUGGGAAUGUUCGGAACAUCCUGA